GUGUUAUUGGGUCACGUUGCGACAUUUUACGACAACGGUUUAUGACACCACAGAGUUCAUCACUGUCCUGCUGAAAAUGGCGUCGUCGUUUUGGAAAGGUGUCGUCGGAAUUGGACUUUUUGCCUUAGCACAUGCAGCUUUCUCAGCAGCACAGCAUCGAUCUUACAUGAGACUCACGGAGAAAGAAAACGAAACCCUGCCAGUUGACAUUGUAUUACAAACCCUAUUGUCUUUUGUAAUGACGUGUUAUGGUAUUGUCCACAUUGCUGGAGAGUUCAAGGACAUGGAUGCUUCCUCAGAGCUCAAGAACAAAACCUUUGAUACACUGAGGAAUCAUCCGUCUUUUUACCUUUUCAACCACCGAGGACGAGUGCUGUUCCGCUCCUCAGAGGAGGAGGUGUCCUCACUGCGCCAGCAGCAAGCUCUUCCCAUCCCGUUACGGCUCCGCAAACUGGAGCAUUUGCACUGAGACUGGCCUUUUUUUUCCCCCCCUGCCUGUAAGAUUACUAAUGUCACUUAGGAUUUUGGUUGUGGUUAGACCAAAGGUGGUGGAGGCCCAACGCAACACCCCCUAUUUUUUGUUUUCAUGUACAUAAAGGAUGUAUCAUGCUGUACAAACAUGCACCUCUGUUCACAUGAUUGCGCCAUCAUGUCCACCUCCCGCCUGUGUGCCAACCCUUGUGUUUUUCAAGCAGGUGUGUUUGUAUGGAAAUGAUUUGGAGUCUUAAAUUCUGAGACCUCUCGCCAUUGUUGUCCCUUCUCACACGACUUGGGAUAUUUGUCUUCUUUGCACUGAAUAUGCUCUGUAUGAAGGGUUUUUAAAACGCUUCUUUAGUAUCAUCUACUCGUCAGUCUCCAGAAGAUAGUAGGGCAGCGUUUAGGUUUGUUGUCUUGUUUGCAAUAAAGAGGUUUGAUAUCUGUGACAGGAAA